AGUCAUGCGAAGAUGAUCGUGAAAAAGAGACGAAGAAUACCUGUCCGAAAUAUCAAGCAAAAUGGAAGCAGCGUUAAACAAAAACCUGGAUUUCUGCGGGUUCAAAGAUUUGUUCAAUGCAGAAGAAAAAAAACAACUGACUCGUAUUAAAUGUCGUCUGUAUGCCGAUCUCCAGACCUCCACGUCAUUCCAAGAGGGUAGUGUUUUUAACACUUUCAAACAAUGCCAUAAACUUAUUGAGCAAGUCCGAAAGGGCGACAUCCGAAACAAAAAGAUUGUACCGAUUGCUGUUCUUCUCUGUCCCCUCAAAGUCAUCCCGGGGCUAGCUGCGGAUGUAUACGCUGACUUUCAAGACAUCGAUUCUGAGUUGUUAACUCGCUGUUGUCUUAUCUGGGAGGCACUGAAUGGCCUCUGCGCCAAGUCUGUCGCCAUCCGCACUACAAACAAGAAAGCCAAUCACGGUUCAUUGCGUCAAUUCGAAAAAGCUUUAAACAAAUACCAACAGCUGGUGCAAAAAGCUUUGGGAAGCAGCGUUGUAGAGGCGCGCCAAACUGGCAAAGAGGACGAGAUUGAACGGGUAGCGAACAUCGUUGAAAAUCACACGAUUUUCAAGCCAUCACGACUGGAACGAUGGCUCCGCUACAAACAGGCAGAGUACGAAAUGUCCUGUCAAAUACGCAGCAUUACGGAUAUCGAAUGCUUGGCUAAUAAUAAAGAACUGAAGAAACACCUGGAAAUUGCCUUCGACAAGAAAUACUCUCUGGUACUCAGCAUUCCACCACUGGAUGAACUGACGAACAAAACUCUCGAAAAUAUGAAGGAACACGUUGGUUCGUACAAGAUACUUAUCCAUAUACGUGACGACGAAAACAACGAUGAAAGUAGCACUGACGACGAUGAAGACGAUGUUCCGUGGCACAUGCUCAACCGCAAUCAGAAGCCUGUUCUGGCCAAAAUCCAGGAGCUUGUCGAUCACCUGGAAAAUAACAAAGACCUAGAAAAAAACGUGCAGUGUUUAAUUGUAUUUGACGAAGCGCUAGAGAAAUUUGGAUGUCUUUACUCUGUCUACGAUACUGGAAAUCUAUUAAAGGAUAACAUGAGAAAAUUGCCCGCACCUCCUACUGAUUUGCGGAUUCACGUGUCGGACAUCCAUGGCGUGAAGAGAACGUCAUCUUCUUCAACCAUCCGGCUUGAAUGGACUUAUGCAGACCUUGGCCUCCCCUGCUUAUUUUUAGUAGAAUAUCGAUUGGUUGACGGUAAACAAAACACUUGGAAUCAGAAGAAAACAACAAAUCUAGAUGAGACACAAAUUGUAAUCCCCUACAAAAUGGGGUCGGCGAUGGAAUUCCGGGUUGCGGCUGAGACUUGCAUCGGUCGAAGUGAAUUCAGCGAAGUCAUUGGUACACACACGAUGCUGGAUGCUAGUGAAGAUGAUGAGACUCUUCCAUACAAUGGAUCAAUCAAUCUGGAAGAAGUCAUCCCUGAAACUGGAAGAAACAGCGAACCAGUCCAGCUUACAAGUCAGCCACCGACUGAAAGUAAGGCUGUACGACCUGAUUUAACGCCUCCGACUGACGUGAAGGUUGGAGUGGUGACGCAGCUGACGGCGAAAUUGGAAUGGAAGACAACUGAUGCUGGGAACCAAGUCUUUUAUCGCGUCCUAUAUUGGCAAGCAGGAGAAGACAAUCCAUCAGCUAAUGAACUGGAGGUCCCUUUCAAUGAAUCCGGAUGUCGAUUGGAGAACCUCCAGCCCGAAUCAACGUACCGCGUUCACAUCGUGACCGUUUCCAAUGAUGGACAGCAUACCAGCGUACCCAGCGAAGACGUCCAUCUGACGACGCUCAAACAAGAUCCCCGUUUCGCCGAAAUUCUUGUCAAGCAUUGCGACAGCAUCGGCGUUAGAAACGGCAUGGAUCUAUUUGCUGUUCCACUCAACAAAUCAACCGAGUCGAACUCAACGGUCGAACGUUUCAGCUUCGGCUUUGGCGGAACUAGAAAAGCACAACACAAAACAAUUUUGGUGAUGGGAGCGACCGGCUCGGGCAAGACGACGCUCAUCAAUGGAAUGAUCAAUUACAUUUUCAAUGUCCAGUGGGAAGAUACGUUCCGGUUCCAGUUGAUCCACUCGCAAUUGGUUGGCAAUUCGCAGGGCCACAGUCAAACGAGCAAGAUCACGGCCUACGACAUCCAUCACGCCGAAGGAUUCCGCAUCCCUUAUUCGUUGACGAUCGUCGACACGCCCGGCUACGGCGACACCAAAGGCCUGGACCGAGACCAGGAAAUUACGGAAAUGGUGCGCAAGUUUUUUGAAGACAAAGACGGAAUCCAGCAGCUGGAUGUCGUCGGUUUCGUGGCCCAAGCUUCGUUACCUCGUUUGACGGCCAUCCAGACGUACAUCUUCGACUCGGUGCUGUCCAUCUUCGGUGUAGAUGUUAGGGACAACAUUGACUUCAUGUUGACGUUCGCCGACAGCCAGGUGCCACCAAUUCUAGCAGCCAUCACAGAGACAGAUCUACCGUAUCCGGUAGACCCCGAGACCGGGAAACCGCGCCACCAUAAGUUCAAUAAUUCUGGCUUCUUUUGCUCGAGCCUCGAGUCUGGAGACGGUGCCAGUAAUAACGCCGACAAAUUCAAUCGCUUCUUCUGGCAGAUGGGAAUGGACAAUUUCAAACGUUUCUUCAUCACACUGGCCACAAUGGAGACGAGAUCUUUGUUAACCAAAGAUGUCCUUAAGGAGAGGAAGCAGCUGGAAGUGACUGUGGACGGGCUCCAACCGCUCAUCAAAAUCGGGCUGGCCAAAACGGAGGAGAUGAGGAAAAUCCAGCAGAAAAUGACCAACAUUCAGGCGCAGAUAGAGGCCAAUCAAAACGUCCAGAUCGAGGUGGAGGUCAACGUGCCAAAAAAUGACAAGGCCCGCUGUUCUGCUAUGGAUCAUUCGAUGCCGGCUGAAAAUCGAACAUGUCGCAUCUGCCCGCAGAAAUGCAUCUGGAGCAUGCACGCCAACCAACCGUACAGAUACGAAAAGGAAUUGAAGACGAAGCUGACAUACGAAGACUUAAUGAAAGCUCUGGAAAGGGAUGUCGACGAAAACAACAAGGUUGUUCUGGAACACGUCAACACCGUUUCGCGAUGCAUCCAGCGGCUGGACGAGAUCGCCUUACGUCCGAAUCCGUUCUCGACUCCGCAGUACAUCGACUUGAUCAUCGACGCCGAGCAACAGGAGAAAAGUCCGGGCUACAACGAACGGAUCCAGAGUCUGAAGAAACUGCGCAAGAUGGCCGUUACUAUGAAAAAGAUCAAAGAUGACGAAGACGUGAUGAGUGUGGGUCCAUUGGACGACUAAGCGGCUCACGCGGCUGUUGAAAAUUGACGAAGAUCCACGUCGCGACGGGGGCUGUUCUAGUCCUCUAAAUGAAUGAAACUGGCAAGUUCGUUUCUAUUGGUUAAUUUCUCAAUUAGUUGCAGUGAUCAUCGACAUUUCAUCAAUAUUAUUUACUAUGCACUUAUUAAACUGGGAUAUCUAAUAGCAAUGUUUGAUUACAAGUUUUUGUUUUGUUUUCUUCCUGGCGCAAUUUAGUGAUGGUGAUUUGAAUAUGAAAUAUACGGACGAUCAUAGUCA